AUGCUGGGCCUCAGCGCGUUCGCUUCCCGAAAUGUGAGACAGAGGCCCCUAGGGGCCCAGAGAGCCCACCCCUGGUGCCAGCCCGAGAGCACUGGAAACCCAUCCACUGGCUUGUGUGUGAGCGUCCACAGCCGCCUGAAAGCAGAGCUACGCGAGCGUGCAGCAGCGUGUACACGGGUGGACAGAAUGGGGCCCACCCGCACCACAGAGCGCCACUCAGGCCAGAGGAACGGUGUGCCGAUGUGCUAA